CGUCACCGGACGUUCAUUUCGCGGAAAAAACGUUUCUGAACACUCAAUUCGCGGAAAAAACGUCACCAAACAUUCAUUUUGCGGAAAAAGCGUCUCCAGACGUUCAAUUCGCGAAAAAAAUAACACCAGACGUUCAAUUCGUGGAAAAAGCGUCUCCAGAUAUUCAAUUCACGAAAAAAACGUCACCAGACGUUCAUUUUGCGGAAAAAAUAUCACCAGACGUUCAAUUCGCGGAAAAAACGUCACCAGACGUUCAAUUCGCAGAAAAAACAUCACCAGACGUUCAUUUCACGGAAAAAAACAUCACCGGAUAUUCGUUUUGUGGAAAAAACAUCACCAGACGUUCAUUUCGCAGAAAAAACAUCACCGGACAUUCGUUUCGUAGAAAAAACGUCACCAGACGUUCAUUUCGUGAAAAAAACGUUUCCGAAUACUCAUUUCGAAAAACAACAGUGUUGUAUACCGGACACUGUCCGCCGAAAUUGAGCAGACACGGAUAUUCCAGGACAUAUCCAGGAUUUUCAUCUGAUCACAUGUCCUGUAUUACCAUUGUCAAUCGGAACGUGUCCGCCAUUUUUAAGUUGUCCGAAACAAUGUCCGCCG